AAAACUACAACGAGCCCGCAGUUCUCUUUUUUCAGCAAAGCAACAAUUUACCAGUCACAUGCACGUUAACCUCCUCAGUUUUACGCAAUUGUAGAAAAAAAAAACCGAAGCCAUGAAGUGUUAAAUAUUUCAAAUUCAGUCGCACCGACAUUCGCCCGCAGAGAGACAGAGGAACAGGAGAAACGCGCGCGCUGCUCUCACGCGUCCGUGAGUGGCGAAAAAAAAAGCACAGGCUAUUAAUUUAUAAAAUAAAUCCUCGCCGCAAAGUCGACAGUCUUUUUUUUCACGGUUCUGAAGAAUUAAAUAAAGAAAUCAAGCUGGCUCACGCCGUCUCGAACCCGACUAGUUUGACAGCUGCUCUUCACCCCCUUUGGAGGACUGUCAACAGCAAAAGGAUGGCAUCAGAACUGGCAAUGAGCAACUCCGACCUGCCCACCAGUCCCCUGGCCAUGGAAUAUGUUAAUGACUUCGAUCUGAUGAAGUUUGAAGUGAAAAAGGAGCCGGUGGAGCCCGACCGCAGCAUCAGCCAGUGCAGCCGCCCAGUCGCCGGCGGAUCCGUAUCUUCCACCCCGAUGAGCACGCCUUGCAGCUCGGUUCCUCCUUCGCCAAGCUUCUCGGCGCCCAGUCCGGGUUCGGGGAGCGAGCAGAAGGCGCACCUGGAGGACUUCUACUGGAUGAGCGGCUACCAGCAGCAGCUGAACCCGGAGGCGCUGGGCUUCAGCCCCGAGGAUGCGGUGGAGGCACUGAUCAGCAGCGGCCACCAGCUCCCCAGCUUCGACGGCUACACCCGGGGGCAGCAGUUCGGCGGCGCGGCUGGCGCGGGAGGCACCGUGGCCGGGGAGGAGAUGGGCUCGGCGGCCGCCGUGGUCUCGGCCGUGAUCGCGGCGGCGGCGGCGCAGAACGGCAACCCGCAUCAUCACCACCAUCACCAUCACCACCACCACCACGCCAACGCGCACCACGGAGCGCCCGGAGCGCCCGCCAACGGCACCGCAGCGGGGAGCCACCAGCACACGCGCCUCGACGACCGCUUCUCCGACGAGCAGCUCGUCACCAUGUCCGUGCGGGAGCUCAACCGGCAGCUGCGCGGCGUUAGCAAGGAAGAAGUCAUCCGGCUGAAGCAGAAGCGGCGAACGCUGAAGAACCGCGGCUACGCGCAGUCCUGCCGCUUCAAGCGCGUGCAGCAGCGCCACGUGCUCGAGGGCGAGAAGACGCAGCUCAUACAGCAGGUCGAGCACCUCAAGCAGGAGAUCUCCAGGCUGAUGCGGGAGAGGGACGCGUACAAGGAGAAAUACGAGAAGCUCAUCGGCAACGGCUUCCGAGAAAACGGCUCGAGCAGCGACAACAACCCUUCUUCUCCGGAGUUUUUCAUGUCUUCAAGAAAAUUUCUGCAUCUGUGAUACGAAGUGUGAAUCCUUAAUCGUCACCCCUGCAGUCUGAGGUCUCACAACACUGGAAUGCUUUUAGCUCAGACUGACCCAUGGCACCAAGACUGCCCCAAAGCACAAGAGUCAACCUGCAAAGAAAAAGGAAAAGAAGAGGGAGAAAAGGAGAGGGAGGAGAAAGAAGAAGAAGAAGAAAAAAAAUAAAAUAAUAA